AUGGGCCAGGGCCACUCUCAACUCACCAUCAGUUUGGACGACACCUCGGCAGCUGAGAUUCGUUUUGCCACAGAGCAGCUGUCCUCCUCAGCAGCUGGUGGUUUUGGAGGGAACAGGGUCAGGUGCCCCGAGCGCGGGCAGGAGACAGCAGCAGCAGCGCAGCCAUCGCUCACAGCAACUGUUGCAGUGUUGGCAGCUCUGCGCCUCAGCUGCCUGCGGGGCGAGGGGGGCGAGGAGGGUGUGGGGGGUGUGGGGCAUCCUGCCAGCUUCACCCUGUUUGUCAAGACUUGGCAAGAGCAGGACUCUGUGCAGUGGGACCGCCUGGCACUUAUUGGGUCCACGGGCAAAUGA